AUGCCAGAGUAUAGUAAAAGCAUUUGUCUUGAUGAAAUUAAUAUUUCAUUUGCUACAUCAGCUGUAUCUAAAUUAAAAGAGUCAAAUGCUGCAUUAAAAAGAUCAGGAUGGGGAAGAAAGUUAAAAUCCAUUCAAUCUAAAGCAGAACAAGAAUUAAAGGAAAGAGUAGAAAAAGCAGAGUCUGUUGAACUAACAAAAAUUGACGAAAAUAAAGGUUUUGUUAACAGUUGUUUAGAACUUGCUUGGUCACAAAUUCAAAAUUUUCUAAUAAAAGUAUUAAAUAACAGAAUAUUUGAAUCAGAACAUUCCAAACAAAAAGAGGAUGUAGGAGAAUUAUUUUCGUUUGCUAAUUGUAAUGUUGGUGGUGAAAAGGAAGAAAAUCAAAACGAAAAAUAUAAACUAGCAAAGAAAACUCUUACUAAAGAAAACAUCAAAAAACUUAUCGUUUCCUUAGAAUCUUUUAUUAAAGAUGUAAGUAAAACUUGUCAAUUUGAACCUGAUAAAUUUAAUCAAUUAAGAAAUAUUAUUUCUAUGAAGAAAGACGAUUUAGCACAUAAUUUAUUCGAUGACUAA